GGAGCCAAACACUUCCGACACGCGGUUGCAAUCAAAACAUUCAUAAUGUUUAUUAAAAUUGGAACAGUUUUAUCACUACUGACCAUUAGUUGUGGACAACCAGUGGAACCUAAUCUGAAUUCAAAACAAGCAAUAUCUUCACAAAGUUUUGUUCGCCAAGACGUGCCACUCUCAUACCAAUACAGUGCCAUCCAUACGUACACGACGCCGGAACCAAGACAAACGCAGACAAAUGGACAAUAUUAUCAAACUGGAGUGAACUUGAAUCACCAAGGCAUACAAUACGCACCACUGUCAAAACCUGGAGAACGAGUACAGAAAUUGUAUACGAAAGUUGCAGAACCAAUUAGACAAUACAAAAGCAGAAACGAAUAUACAAGUGAAGCUGUUAUAAAAAAGGAUCAUUUGGAACCGAAGCCUGUAGUGAAUAAUCUUGAAAAUCGUGUGCCGUUUCAUCUUUCCUACGUUCCUGGUCAAAAUACAGAAGUAAUGCAAUUCAGUCGGAAUCCAGGACAUAAUGCUGUAUACAGAAGCUAUCCAGAAAAUACUGGAAUAGAAAAGAAUACAAAGAUCAACUAUCAAAGAGAGUUCACGUCAUACAAGAAACCAGAAAAUCAACUUCAGAUUGCUUCAGAGAAUUCUAGUAGUAAUGAAAAACCAUACAUCGUAGUGCCUGAACAAACUCAUGAACUAUAUACAAACAAAUACAAAGUCGGUUACAUACCCUCACUGGACAAAUUAACAAAUGAAAAUCGGCAAACCGAAUCUCUACAACAUCCAAAAAUGCACAGACUAAUAUUAAACUUGGCACGUGCAUACAACAUUGCUCAUUCGUCUCUCAAGGCACCGAUGAAAAUAGGAGUGAAUUUAAAGUCCCCUGCUCAUACACAGGCUUUCAUAAAAAAAGAUUCCUCCCUAGUGGAAGCACCAUCGAAUAAAAUUACAUACCUAUUUGCAGUUCCAGAGAAUAUGAAGCACUUUCCCACCCACCGUUUAUCGUAGUAUUUUUAAUAUGUUAGUAGUUUUAUAGUCUUAUGUAAAUACUUAUUUAUCUUAAUUUACUAGA